AUGGCGCCCGGACCCUCCACUCUCCUGAGCCUGGUUGGCGCCCACCCGUCCGACCCUGGGCUCGCCCGGGUGCUGCGGAGUGCACACAAGGACCCUCAGCCCCUGGAGUCUGUGGGGCCAGAUCUAGAAUUGUGUGGUGUGGUGAUCUGCACUAAGAUGAGUGGGUUGUGUGUGUGGUGAUUCUCCACUAAGAUGAGAGAACUGCAUCGUGUGCUGGUCUCCUCAGGACAGACCCUGGGGCCCUGCUCUCCUCUCCUAGGGACCCUGCCCAGACCCUCCAUCUCAGCUGAGCCGGGCUCCGUGGUGCCCUGGGGGCAGCCGGUGAGCAUCGUGUGCCGGGGCCGCGGGGUUACCAGCUUCCGCCUGGAGAAGGGUAAUAGGAAGGACUAUGAGGAUGUGGGUGUCACGUCCCGAGGUGAACAGGAGACCGAGGCCAGAUUCCACAUCACCACUCUGCGUGAAGACGCCGUCGGGCCUUAUCGCUGCAUCUAUCAAAUAGAGUCCGCCUGGUCGGCGCUCAGCGAGGCCCUAACUGAGGGGACCGCGGAGGCCGUCUCUGCCCUUCCUGCAGGACCCCCUGGAGGCGUCAGCUCCCCCACCACUCAGUGCUGCUCCUCCACUGCUCCCUCAGGCCUGUCGACAGAGCAGGUUUAUAUUCUCACUGGGGUCUCUGUGGCCUUUCUCCUUUGUCUCUCCCUCCUGGUCCUUCUCCUCCAUCGUCAGCUCCAGAGAAAACGAGGGCCCCCCAGAAGCAAAGACGAGGAGCAGAGACUCCAGGGGAGGCUCAGCCCAGCUGUGGAUGUCCGAGAUGGGACCGCAGCUCCACCUCAGAGAACUAAGCCCUGGUCCUCCUCGCAUUCAGAUGUGGCCAGCGUUGACAGAUUUCCUGACAUGGAUGGAGAGGUGGGCGCCUUGACCCCUGCUGCAGGAGGCCCCCAGGAGGUGACCUAUGCCCAGCUGAACCACAAGCUCCUCACCCAGAGAGUGGCCAGAGCUGUAUCCCCGCCGUCCUCAGAGCCCAUGGCUGAGUCCAGCACGUAUGCAACCAUUGCCAGACAUUGA